AUAUAUUAUCGCUUCUUAUUUUUCCUGGAAGCUGCCCCAUCUUUCUGUCAGCAGACUCUACGCAUCCCAUACCCCAGCUACCGUCGACGGCUUUGAGCCGUUGGAAGAUCGGGAGCAACGUCUUCACAAACCCCAAUACUUUGAUCAAGUCAACAAAAUUUUCCCUCAAAAUUUUGGUUAUUUUACCUCUCACGGUUAAAUCCCCACCCUUUCGAACGGACUGUCACUGAAAAUCGCAAAGGGGAUCGCGGAUCUAACUCCACCGGCGCUGUUUUCAAGUUUGUUUCUCUCAAACAUCACAUUCCUUUCCCACUCUCCACACCACAGCCGACAGCCACCAUCGUCUCUUCUGCUCCAGCCCUUCUUCAACACUUCUCAGCAGCCACCAUUUUAAUCGAAGCAUCAGCAGGUGGACAGCGAAGGAAUUCGCAGCCACCAUUCAGCGACACCACCAUCAGCAGGUGGGCGGCGAAGCCACUCGCAGUUGGGCUGCUUGGGAUUAGAUCUCUGUUGAAGUAGAAAUUACAAGUUCAAAGAAAUUGAUCUGAUUUUGUUGUUAGAAGAAGAAUUCGAUGGCUACAGUUAAAUCUGGUCGCUCCAGAGGAACGCCGGUGAAGGAGAAUGGAAUGAUGCUUGAAGAAGGUCUAGUCGUCUUCAAGUCUGAUAAGUUUGACGCCAAUUCUUAUGUUCAGUCUAAAUGUUCUCUCAACGACAAGGAAAUAACGCAAUUGUGCUCAUAUCUUUUGGAUCUGAAGAAAGCGUCCGCGGAAGAAAUGCGUAAGAGUGUGUAUGCAAAUUAUUCAGCUUUCAUUCGCACUUCGAAAGAGAUAUCAGAUUUAGAGGGGGAGCUUUCAUCCAUCCGAAAUCUGCUUUCUACUCAGGCUACUUUAAUUCAUAGUUUAGCUGAGGGUGUUCAUGUUGAUUCGAUAUCUACCCAAGCUUCAGAAGCCUCUACCUUAAACGGCUCACUAAAUACUGAACAUCAGGAGCCUUCGGACUUGGAGGAGUGGUCCAUUGAAUUCCCUGAUCUCCUUGAUGUUCUGUUAGCAGAGAGGAGAGUAGAUGAAGCUUUAGCAGCCCUUGAUGAAGGAGAACAUGUAGUCUCCGAAGCAAAAGAAACAAAAUCAUUGAGUCCUGAUAUACUUGGGUCAUUGCAGACAGCUCUUGUGGAGCGCCGGCAAAAGUUAGCCGAUCAACUUGCUGAAGCUGCUUGUCAACCUUCUACCCGUGGAAGUGAACUUCGUGCAGCUAUAUCAGCUCUUAAAAAGCUGGGGGAUGGUCCUCGUGCUCAUAAUUUACUACUCAACGCACAUUACCAGCGAUAUCAGUAUAACAUGCAAAGUCUUCGUCCAUCAAGCACUUCAUAUGGAGGAGCAUAUACUGCUGCACUUUCACAGCUAGUGUUCUCUGCCAUAGCUCAAGCUGCUAGUGAUUCUUUGGCUAUUUUUGGCCAGGAACCAGCUUAUACUUCUGAGCUUGUAAUGUGGGCUACGAAACAAACAGAAGCUUUUGCUGUUCUUGUUAAAAGACAUGCAUUAACAUCGUCAGCUGCUGCUGGAGGUUUGAGAGCUGCUGCAGAGUGUGUUCAAAUAGCUUUGGGUCAUUGUUCUUUGUUGGAAGCUCGUGGCUUGGCACUUUGCCCUGUGCUCUUAAAGCUUUUUAGGCCUAGUGUUGAACAAGCAUUAGAUGCAAAUCUUAAACGAAUUGAAGAGAGCACUGCUGCUUUGGCUGCUGCUGAUGAUUGGCUACUUACUUACCCUCCAAAACAGUCUGGCAGGUCUUCUGUUGCAUCUCUUGGUAAUACAGCUGCAUUUCAUCAUAAACUUACAAGCAGUGCCCAUCGGUUCAAUUUGAUGGUCCAGGACUUCUUUGAGGAUGUUGGACCACUUCUAAGCAUGCAGCUGGGAAGUCAAUCACUGGAGGGUUUGUUUCAAGUGUUUAAUUCAUAUGUGAACAUGCUGAUAAAGGCAUUACCAGGCUCAAUAGAAGAAGAAGCAAAUUUUGAGGGUUCAGGCAAUAAAAUUGUGCGGAUGGCCGAAACUGAAGCCCAACAGAUUGCAUUGUUAGCCAAUGCAUCGUUAUUGGCUGAUGAACUACUUCCACGAGCAGCCAUGAAGCUUUCUCCUGUGCAACAAUCUAAUUACAAGGAUGAUCCCCGCAGAAGACCUUCAGAUAGGCAAAAUCGCCAUCCAGAGCAGCGAGAAUGGAGGAAGCGGCUUGUGAGUUCGGUUGAUAGAUUAAAAGAUACUUUCUGUCGACAACAUGCACUUGAUCUCAUUUUUACAGAAGAUGGUGACAGUCAUCUUACAGCAGAAAUGUACAUAAACAUGGAUGGAAAUGCAGAUGAAGUGGAAUGGUUUCCAUCUCCAAUAUUCCAGGAACUUUUUGUAAAACUGAACCGGAUGGCUAGCAUAGCAGCAGAUAUGUUUGUGGGAAGGGAAAGAUUUGCUACAUUGCUGUUGAUGAGGCUUACUGAAACAGUUAUAUUAUGGCUCUCAGAAGAUCAGAGCUUUUGGGAUGAUAUUGAAGAAGGCCCAAGGCCCUUGGGUCCUCUUGGUCUUCAACAGUUUUAUUUGGAUAUGAAGUUCGUAAUGUGCUUUGCUUCCCAAGGACGAUACUUGUCAAGGAAUUUGCAUCGUGUUGUCAAUGAGAUCAUUUCUAAAGCUGUUGCAGCAUUUUCUGCUACAGGAAUGGAUCCAGACAGUUUACUGCCAGAAGAUGAGUGGUUUAAUGACAUUUGUCAAGAAGCAAUGGAAAGAUUAAGUGGAAAACCAAAAGCUAUCGAUGGAGAUAGGGAACUUAACAGCCCAACGGCCUCAGUCUCUGCUCAAUCCAUUUCAUCUGUCAGAUCUCAUGGGAGUUCCUAAGGCAGGUUAUUCGAAUCCCCAGUGUAAAUUAGGAUGUGAAUAUUCUCAUAUGAUUUGGUUGAAAUUUUUUCUUAUUGAUCUUUUCUUGCUCCUUUAAUAUUCUUUGUAAUUUUAGUGCAUGGUCCCUUCUUUUCUGACGGGUCUGGGUCUGUAUGAAAUCUUUUCUUUGAAGUUUCUUCAUUGUUGAGUUUCUGUUGGGAGUCUGCAAAGGCUGAUUAUUUGAUUUGAUCCUGAAUCCGGUUCUGUAGUUAUUCCUUGAUCCUAGUUUGUUCUUCAUUUAAUCGAAAGUGUGAAUGCAGGUGUGACAUGUAAUCCGUUGAUUUUCU